GGACAGCUCCCCAUCCACCAGUGACUCAGCAAUUGACUUUGUUCUGCUUCAGGCAGCUUGACUCCUCCCAGGUUUGGGCUUUGGUUGAUGUUCAGGGAGAUGAUGCCUCACGUUCAGAGGGACAAUUUCUGGCCGCUUCCUAGCCUGUUCUUCACACUGCUCCUGCAGCUUCCUGCUUUUGUGUGCAGGACAGAGGAACCCAGGUGCUUCUCCAAAAUCAGUCCCAGCCUUGACAGAGAUGGGAACUUUGUGAUUGGAGGUUUUCUCCCUCUGUAUUCUGUGAGAGUGAAAAGUCUUAUACAAGCUGCAGUUUUUACAAGUGAACCCAACAAGGACUGCAGGAGUUAUCAGUGGCUCCACAAAAACUACCAGCAGGCUUUGACCAUAAGGUUUGCUGUGGAGCAGAUCAACAGGGACCCUGUUCUGUUGCCCAACAUUUCUCUGGGAUUCCAGGUCUACAAUGCCUACCACAGUGAUGAGAGAACCUUGGAGAGCUCCCUGAGGUGGUUGACAGGGGAGGGUCAGCUCGUCCCUAACUUCAGCUGCAGAAGGCAAGACAAGUCUGUGGCUGUCAUUGGAGGAGCCACCUCAGCUCUGUCUAUACAAAUGGGAACCUUGCUGGAGCUCUACCACUUCCCACAGCUCAGUUUUGGCCCUUUUGAUCCCAUCCUGAGUGAUAAAACCCAGUUUCCUUCUCUCUACCAAAUGGCCCCCAGGGACUCCUCCAUGCCCCGAGGCAUAGUCCAGUUACUGGUCCAUUUUAAAUGGACCUGGGUAGGUCUGGUGAUCACGGAUGAUCUCAGGGGUGAGGAAUUCCUUCGGGCAAUGACAGGGGAGAUGGCAAAGUGUGAUGUCUGUGCGGCCUUCACGGAGAAGGUCCCCGUCAGUGAGAGACGACACGAGGAAUCAGAGAUGAAUUUCAUGUCCAGGAUAAUGGAAUCUCCAUCCAGGAUAGUUGUGAUUCAUGGUGACACAGAUUCAUUAAUGAUUUUGAGACAUUCACAAGUUCCCUAUUUCCCAACAUUAAAGGUGUGGAUCGCUACCUCUCACUGGGACAUCACCAUGAGACCUCACUCUUUUGAUAGUUACAAUUUCCAUGGAGCUCUUACGUUUAAAUACCAGACCAGUGAAGUUCCUGGUUUUAAGUCUUUUCUCAGGUCAAUCAACCCAAAUAAAGACCCAGAGGACAUUGUGCUUAAGGAUUUUUGGUUGUCAGCUUUUUGGUGCAAGAAAAAAUAUAACAAUCUGGAAGAAGAAAAUUGUGUACCAAAUGCUACCUUGGAGGCUUUGCCUAUAUUCCUUUUUGAUAUGACUAUGUCUGGCCUGAGUUAUACCAUCUACAAUGCUGUGUAUGCUGUGGCUUGGGUCCUUCAUGAAAAGCUUUUGAUGAAAUCGGAGUUUGUAUCUGAGAAAGCUGGAGAAAAUUGGGUGCCUCAUCCUUGGCAGCUUCACUCCUUUCUGAAGAACAUUCAUUUCAACAACAGCGCUGGUGACCUGGUGUUUAUGGAUGAGAAAAGAAGCUCUGAGGCUCAAUAUGACAUUCAGAACUAUGUGUCCCUUCCUAAUGAUACUGAACUCCUGGUGAAAGUGGGCCAAUUCAUCCCCAGUGCUCCACCUGGUGAAGAUUUCACCAUACAUGAGGAAGCCAUCGAUUGGGGAUGGUCAGGUUUAAAGACCCCUCAGUCUGUGUGCAGUGAGAGCUGUCACCCUGGAUACAGGAAGACAGUUGAGGAGGGAAAGGCUGUCUGCUGCUUCAUAUGUUCCCAGUGCCCAGAAGGAGAAGUUUCUAAUCAAAUUAAUGUGGACCAUUGUGAGAAGUGCUCAGAAGAUGAGUAUCCAAAUAAGAAUAGAGAUCAUUGCUUCCCAAAGAUCGUGACCUUUCUGGAUAUUACAGAACCUUUAGGGAUGACUCUGGCAUUGGUAGCUAUUUCCUUCUCUCUCCUGACAGCCUUGGUUCUGAGGGUUUUUGUGAAGUUUCAAGAUACACCUAUAGUCAAGGCCAAUAACCGGGCUCUCAGCUAUGCUCUCCUCAUCUCCCUCACCUUCUGUUUCCUCUGCUCCCUGCUCUUCCUUGGUCGUCCCACUGCAGCCACCUGCCUCCUCAGACAAACAAUUUUUGGAGUCGUCUUCACUGUGGCCGUGUCCUCCAUUUUGGCCAAAACUAUCAUGGUGGUUCUGGCCUUCAGAGUUACAAGACCAGGGAGGAGAAUCAGGAUGUGGGUACAAUCUAGAGUAUCCAACUUUAUUGUCCUCAUCUGCUCUGGGAUUCAAGUGAUUGUCUGUGGCAUCUGGCUGGGAACUUCUCCACCAUUCCCAGACUUAGACCCAUAUUCUGAACAUGGUCACAUCAUCAUUCAAUGUAAUGAGGGCUCUGAUGUUGCCUUUUAUUGUGUCCUGGGCUACAUGGGCUUCCUGGCCCUGGGCAGCUUCAUGGUGGCUUUCCUGGCCAGAAAUCUGCCUGAUACCUUCAAUGAAGCCAAGUUUAUCACCUUCAGCAUGCUGGUGUUCUGCAGUGUCUGGGUCUCCUUCCUACCCACGUAUCAGAGUACCAGGGGCAAAGCUAUGGUUGUUGUAGAGAUCUUCUCCAUCCUGGCCUCCAGUGCUGGCUUACUGGGCUGUAUCUUUAUUCCCAAGUGUUAUGUGAUCCUAUUGAGACCAGAAAGGAAUACCCAAGAAAGGAUAAAGAAAAAAGUGCAUUCUAAGGGCUGA